UGUAAAGAUGUCUUGGUUUAGAGCUAGAGCUUUAAAAACAAGCUGAGGCUUGCAACUCAGUAGUAGUCUUCUGGCUUCCUUGUUGAUGUAGUACCUAAACCGGCCAGCAGAGCGCAGCAGAGGGUUCAGCGGUGCUCCUGUUCUGGCAGAAGAAGAAGAAGCCGGAAGAGCCCGUCAUGUUGGAAACAAACGUGGAGAGAACAGUCUGGAAAGUUCUGCGGCCGAACCACAGCGCGUGCGAACGGUAAUUUCAACUGAAAGGUACCGCUCAUCCCGGAAAAUGUCCGUGAUCUCAGAGGAAAACGCGCGGGGCGGCGACCACAGCGUCUUUAAGGACAUCAGCGCCGACGACGAAAACCAGCAGCCCACGGAGAUCGAGAGUCUGUGCAUGAACUGCCACCAGAACGGUACCACCCGCCUGCUGCUGACCAGAAUCCCCUUCUUUAAGGAGAUCAUCGUCAGCUCGUUCAGCUGCCCCGCCUGCAGCUGGUCCAACACCGAGAUCCAGUCUGCGGGGCAGAUCCAGGAGCAGGGCAUCUGCUACACACUGAGGAUCCGAACCAAGCAGGACCUGAACCGGGAGGUGGUGAAAGCCGACAGCGCCACCACCAGGAUCCCCGAGCUGGACUUUGAGAUCCCCCCCUUCACCCAGAAGGGCUCCCUCUCCACUGUGGAGGGCCUCCUGGACCGGGCCGUGUCGGGCCUGGAGCAGGAGCAGCCUGCAAGGAGGGCAGCAGAACCCGAGCUGGCCCACAAGAUAGAGCAGUUCAUCCUGAAGCUGAAGAAGCUGAAAGACGUCGAGCAGGAAUUCACUCUGGUGAUCGAGGAUCCGUCGGGGAACAGCUUUGUGGAGAACCCCUCGGCCCCCCACAGGGACGAGGCCCUCACCGUGACCCGGUUCAAUCGGACGGCCCAGCAGGACGGCCAGCUGGGGAUCCGGGCCGACGACGACGACCUGGACGAAGAACCGGCCGGCAACGACGUGGAAACCAUGAAGAGCGAGGUCCUGGUCUUCAACACCAACUGCCCGGAGUGCAGCGCGCCGGCCUCCACCAACAUGAAGCUGGUGGACAUCCCCCACUUCAAGGAGGUCAUCAUCAUGGCCACCAACUGCGACAGCUGCGGCCAUCGCACCAACGAGGUGAAGUCGGGAGGGGCCACCGAGGCGCUGGGCACCAGGAUCACGCUGCACGUCACCGACCCCUCAGACAUGACCCGAGAUCUGCUCAAGUCUGAGACCUGCUGCGUCCUCAUCCCCGAGCUGGAGUUCGAGCUGGGCAUGGGGGCUCUGGGGGGCAAAUUCACCACCCUGGAGGGUCUGCUGAAGGACAUCAAAGACCUGAUCGUGGUGAAGAACCCCUUCAUCUGCGGGGACAGCAGCACGGAGGAUCGACUGCAAAAGCUCACCCAGUUCGGGGAGAAAAUAGACCAGAUCGUGGCGGGAGAAAUGAAAAUCCACGUCAUCCUGGACGACCCCGCCGGGAACAGCUACCUGCAGAACGUCUACGCCCCCGAGGAAGACCCGGAGAUGACCGUCGAGAAAUACACCCGCACGUUCGAGCAGAACGAAGACCUGGGCUUGAACGACAUGAAGACGGAAGGCUAUCAGGAGGAGAAGUGAGGCCCAGAAGAAUGAAAAAAACAUCUUUAUGAUUUCUGUAGAGAUUUCCUUCCAGGUUCAUCUUUUUAAGUUGCAGACUGGGAAGAUGGUUGCUUCCAGAAAGACCUCUGAACUGUAAAAACCUUUUAAGUUGAUCGAUUGUAAAUAAAACGCAACGUGGAGGUAACUGGAUCUGUUUGACUGCUGAUGUUAAUAAAAGUCUUUGCUUUCUUGUGACAGAA